CUCUUUACGGUACAACAUGGCGCUGCCCUGAAGGACGAGUGUCUUUUAUGGUAAGGCCUUGGAGUAGUAGACAACGCAGUGUGCUCUGCUCUGCUUGGACACCUGCCUGUGUCGCGUACCUGUCUCUGUAAUAUGGCGAACCAAUCGAUCCAGGACAAGGUUAGCCGUCUGCUGAGCAGACAGAACGGCAAGCCCGUACUCCGACCCAACCGGCCACUCAGUCUGAGGGAUGCCGUGGCAAACCGCAAGCCUCAAAAAGGAGAGGCCACAUGCAUCACAGAGAUGUCACUGAUGAUGGCCUGCUGGAAGCAGAACAACUUUGUGGAGGGUUUGUGCUCCAGUGAGAUGCAGACCUUCUACUCCUGUGUGCAAAAAGCCCAGGCUGCCAUGAGAAAUAAAACUUAUACCACUGGUCAGGAUACAGGACGUCUUCUCCCUAAACAAGCGACAACACUGCUCAAGAGAUUUCCCAACCUUAGAACUGAGAUUUGACUUUUUCCUGUUAAAGCUUACAGUGUUUUAUUGCAUCGAUAUCACAGCACGGACUUGUCCUGGAAACAGGUGGUGGGCUGAUGUCUGAAAAUGUAUGUUGGAAAUUCAGUGCUUAUGAAUAAAUUUUUAUGUAUUUGGUUUUGAAGUUCAGCCAUUUUUUUAUACUGACUUCUUUGACAAUGUGAACAUAAAACAGUCACUGUUGAGCAACAGGUCAACAGCAUACCUUUUCUGGUCCCUAAGUGUUGAAGAAUUUAAAAUUUAAUAAGAAGUUAUUAGUAUAUUUUUCCUGAUGAAAUGAGAGUAUAAUAUGAUACACAUUUGAUUCGUGGUUCAAUUUUUUUUUUUUUUUUUUUGUCGGAAUAUAAUUUAAUUGUGUCCUUUUUUAAAGUUUAUGUAAACUUU